AAAAUACAAAAACAUUAAAAAGUAAAAUAAUACCUAGAGAUAGAACUUAAGGAAGUUAAAAAAUGACGAAACAAAAAUGGAAUAUGACAAGAAAUGUAGAGACUUUGUUAUGACAAUACCAUCAGGUAAUAAAACACUAGAAGAAAAAUGGAAGAAUAUUAAGCAAAUAUUGAAAAGUAAAUCUGAAGAAGUCUUAGGAACACAGGAGAAAGAAACUCAAAAGCUCUGGAUUACGGAAAAAAUUGUAGAGCUAAUAAACCAAAGAAGAAAGUUCAAAAAUUAAAAUCUAUACAUAUAAAAUCCAAAUACCACUGAUUGACUGAUCGCUGUAUCUCAAAAACUACGGACUUGAAAUUUGGAAUAUAGGUUCUUCUCAUAUUUUCAUUGUGCAAUAAGGAGGGAUUUUCAAAAAUGUUGCGUUUUAGUGGAGUAAUUAACAAUUAUAAUUAUUCACCGCCAAUACGUGUUGUGCGGCACGGCGGCCCGCGGGUUACCAGUUACCUGCAACCUAUCCUUUUUGUUCGUCGUCGUUGUGUAGAUAAGAAUAAUGAUUCUGAGAAUAAAAUUGUUCCGAGAAGUUUAUCGAUAAAAAUAAAUAUAUAGAUAUUAGGUUAUUAUGUAUAUUAUCGAUAAUUAUGAAUUUAAGACGGUAAAUGGUAAUACAUGGCGUUAUCUAAUUUGUCACGAAUUUGUUUCCGGGCAACGCCGGGUAAUUCAGGUAGUAUUUUAGAAAGUCAACAGAACUACAAACAUAAGAAAUGUCAUACAAAGAAAAGCAAAAAAGCCAAAUAAAAAAUGGUUAGAUAACCCAUGUACAGUAGUGAAAGAGUAGGUAUUUAAAGAGAGGAAGAAGUGAUCUAGCUUUUGUGAUUGUAAAAAAACUAUUUUGCACAAGAAGAUUGAAUGGGAAUGCCCUGAGAAGUAAAACGGAUGAAAUACUAAUAACAGCUGAUCAAAAGGUAAAUAGAUGGAAAUUAUCAAGGAGAAGAUACUAUAUAUCAAGCAUUCUAUACUACUUUUUUUCUAUCUAUUAUUAAUUUUGGCUCAGUUUCCUUAAAUUUAGCCAAAAUAUCCGGAAAAUCAAUGAUUUUUAAUGUGGUGCAUCCCUGAAAAUCAUUUGAACAUUGAAUAUGGGUCAUUUUGUAUCAACUAUUAAUCAACAAAAAUCAAUUACACAAUUAAUAAUAAUUAAUAAACAUUAACAUUUUGUAUUAAAAUUAUUAAAAUUUACAAUAAUUUAAGUUAUUGUGUUAUUGAGAAGAUAAAUACCAUGUACAAAUAUGCAAAAUCAAAUAUAGUUAAUUUCAUUAAAAAUCACUUGAAACAAAUUUAUCACUUACCUAAAUCAAUUUAUUAAAUUACAGUAAAAAUAUGUAUUUACUUAUAAAUCUGAGCCCUAAUUAUAAGCAAUAUCUUAUCUAUAAGUGGAUAUGAAGUAUUGUGUUUCAUUAUAAUCAAUUUUAGAAGGCACUUGUCUUUUUUCAUUGUGGGAAUAGAAAUAUAAUUCUCAUAUUUCUUAUCUCAUUGCACAUCUCAAUUAUUGUUUUAUUGUUUAUCAUUUUAAAUGAAACUUCAUAAUUUCUGAAAGAAACAAUAUUAUACUUAACAUUUUUAUUUCCAAUAUUAAAAACGUUACUGUUUAAGGUAUAAUUAUUAUAAUACCAUUAAAUAUUUGAAAAAAAAAAAAUGUAGAGUACUUAGUUAAGUGCUUACCCUGACUACCCUAAUCUAGUGCACACACUAAUGCUUGUAGGUACCUAAUACUUCCUAUGUUGACAUCUUUCCAGGAUAAUUAAAAAAUAUUGAUAUUGUGUCAUAUUUUAUUUUUAAGUUGAUUGUAUUAAAUUAAUGAUGCCAAGUUUGAUAAUUUAGUUAAUAUAUUUUUUUUGUCAUUUAUAUUCAAAGCAUCUAAUGUUCAUUUUUAGAGUACUUACAUCCAACAACCUAUGCUAGUAUUACACAGACUUACAGUAUAAUAUCUAUAAUUGUUCUAUUUGAAUUUUAUUGAACUAUUCAUCUUCCUCCAAUUUUUUUUUUUAAAUUUCCAAUUUUUUACCAUCAAUGAAAAUAUCAUUAGCAAAUUGUUUGGAAUUAGUGGGCUAACUAUUUGCCUAGCGCGAGCCUAUAUUUCAAUUUUUUGUUUUUGUAAGAUAAAUAACAGAACUAUUUUUAAUAACAUUUUUACAGUAAUCAUUUAAAUUAAUAAAAAGUAAAUUGGCUCUUAUUUAUUUUAAUUUUUGCAGGUAUAUAUAUAAACCAUCUGGUUAUCAUUCGGAAACUGUAAGACUUGAUACCAAAUUAACAAGGUCAUUUUUAUGUUUUACAUUUAUAUUUAUUUGGCAUGGGUUAACUUGGGAAGUUUUCCUGUGGACUGUAUUCAACUUUAUAGGAAUCACACUGGAAACAUUAGCAAGGUUUUUUGGAAAAUCAUCUUACUAUUCUCGAUAUAUAAAGGUAAUUUAAAUUAUAGAAAUUAAUUUUAAAAUGUGUUUUGUUUAUUUGCCAUUCAUUAUAAUCAGGGUUUGGAAUUUAUAGCAUUUGUUUAUUUAUUUGGCCUGACUUAAAAUACACCAAUUUUUAAAUUUUUAUCUGAAUAUUAUAAUAUAAUAUAUAUAGGUCAUAUCACUAUAAAUAAUUAUAAUUACUAAUUAAAUAUUACUGGUUUGAAAAAUAUGCAACUAUCAUGACAAGAAAUGAAAAUAUAUUCCAAGUUAAAAAAAAAAAAUUACAUUUGAUUGUUUUUGGUGAAGAUGUUUAUUUUGUUUUAUAAACAAAAAACAAAUUGAAUGAGUUUGUUUAUCUAAGUUAUUCAUAAAUGUUUUGUAUUUUAUGAUUGUAGUGCAACCUUAGUGAAUCUAAUGAAAGACGUUUUUUAGCCUUCAUAACAUGCCCUUUAACAAUGCUGUCUGCCAUUUCAAAUUUUUUUUUUUUUGGCGGUUUAGAUGCUGGGAUUAGUUAUUUUGAAGCAAUAUUUGUAUUAAGUAAGUAAUUUUUUUUAUAAAUAACUUUAAUAAUAUUUAUUUGUUUAAUAAUUUGUUUAGAUACAUGGAUGCAAAACAUUAUUAUUAUCAUAAUAUUUUAUUCUAUGUGUCAAAUAUCUAUGGAGUUCAAUCAUUAUCAAAAAACCAAAAAAAAACAAAAAUUUAACCAAUAUUUUUAA